AUGGAUGCAUUGGUUGAAUAUAAGAAAUCUGUGCAGAAACAAUUAGAUAGCAACGAGUUGCUUGUGGCAAAACUAGUCCAUGAAAAUACAGUGUUGACACAACAAUUGGAAGGUAAGACUCAGCAAUUGGAACUUCUACAGGAUGAAUUGAAGAAACUGAAGGAUACACGUGUAUCGUUACAAAAGGAGUUGGAUACACAUCAGGACGAAGUGGAGGUGCUCAGGGACCUUUUUGAGCACCUAUGUGGGGUGCGUGUGCAUAAAUCAUACGAGGACGAUACAGGUCUAUGGUUUGAUGCCUCCCAAGGUACUCGUAGUGGGAUCAUGGAUUACAAGUUAGGCUUUGUGAAAGGUGAGGCAGAAGAAACAGAAGUUGUAUAUGUACCGUUGUUGAAACAGCGGUCUGCACAAGAACUCGCAGUGUUGCAACAGCAGUUGCCUUCGUACCUGUUCGAUACGUUAAGUUUCCCGCUCAAAUCAUUAAACCAGUUCUAUAAUAAAGUAGCUAAAUGUCUUAAUAAGAAAAGUAAAUAG